CUCUCUCUCCUCUCUCUCUCUCUCUCUCUCUCUCUCUCUCUCUCUCUCUCUCUCUCUCUCUCUCUCUCUCUCUCUCUCUCUCUCUUUUCUUUUGAACUUUCUUCAAACUUCUUUUAUUCAAGUGAUCGAAUCAAACCAAAAGUGUGUAUUAUUUUAUGUUUCUAUAGAAUUAUUGUAAUAAAUGUCCAAACACAGUAGUGUUUCUUUGUUAUUUCUUGCUUUCUUCUCUUAAUGAUGCCUUCUAGAUACGGCUCUCUCAAAUUUCAACAAAGUGCCAAACUCUAUCACUUAUAUUCAUCUGCCUAAAGUCUGUUAGUCAAUGCAAAUAAGAAAUUAUUGUGUGACGAGUUUCUUUUGCCUUAACAGAAAAAAAUAUAUUGUAUCUUUUGUGGAAACAUAUCAAUUUUGUAGCUCAUCUGUAUAUCAAACCUUCAUCUCUCAUCAUAUUCAACUUCUAAAUUUAAAUAUAUUUUAUUCCUGAAUUCUACUACGUUUCACCUUUUUCGCUUCACAUAUUCAUAUAAAUGAACACUGAGAUUUGGGAACAUACAUAUGGUCUAUACUAAAUAUCUUUGCUGAACAAAUUGGUAAAACACGUUAGAUUUCGAUUGUCUUAACUACACAUCCAGUCAUCCGCUACAUAAUUUCAUUAUUAGAGUAUUACAUACACUAUGACAAGGCUGUAGUAGAACGUACUAGAGUACAGUAUUUUUCAUAUAAUCAUGUAAACUAAUAAAUCCCAAAGUUCAAAUUAAAAGGAAUCUGUCGAAGAAUAAAAGACACAAAUGUGUUAUUUUAUAUGUUAAAGCGUGCUUCUUCUUUCGUUUUCCUUCUUUGAGGAAUAUAUUCAACAGCUUCAAGCUACACUAUAACAAGUAGUAGUUUAUUAAUAUCUAGUAGACUUUUUCAUACGAAUGCCAUAAUCUUCUAUAAUAAUCGUGUAGCCUAUAAACUACAUAUUUUAAGCAAUAAUUAAAGCAUGACUAUUCACCACCAACAACGAUCGUUAUCGAAUUUUAUAAAUGAAAGAAAAAGUUUGAUUGAUUCUUUUGGAUGUGAAUGGAUUAAUCUUAGCGGAUUUGCAAGCGAAAAAGAAACUCUCCUUGGUAUUAUUGUGGGUUUGGAAUUUUUUUGGGAAAAAUUAUCCCUUAUAUUUUAAUGCAUAAGUAACAUAAAAUUAAAUAUAACACAUAUUAUUUGUUUGCUAAAAUAUAAUGACAAAUAACUAUUUAAACUUGUAUUGGAAAAAGCCUUACAUACUUUGAAAAUAUAAGGGCCUCUAAGAGAUGCUAUAUCUAAAAAAAAUAAACAAAAGGGAUUUUAACAUAUAGUUUCUACUUUCUUCUUCCUCUUUUUUGAUCAACAUAGUUUCUACUUUCAAGUUACGAUAUUAAAAAGCAUACACCAAACAUAGUAUAUGUUUCAAAGUAAAAAAGUAACCCACUAAGCUAGCUAGCACCAAAUAUGCGCAUUACAAAAGUCACUCAUCUUUUUAUCACGACCAAUCAUAUGAACGAAUGUAACCACAAACCUUUUAAAUUUUUAAUAUAGGAAACUGAGUGGGUAAUCCUCAACUUGGACCAGAUUCCUUCUCCUUUUUUACUUUUCAUUUCUAAUUUAUAUAAUUUACUAAUUUUAUUUUAACACAAAUGCUAAAAUCAUUUUUUAAUUUUAAUUUUAAUUUUCACUUAACCAAAAUAUUUUUGGUGGUUUGAGCCCAAGGCCCAGUACUAAGAAUGUAUGGGCUUAGCAAGGUCUACUUCUACUGCCUGCUUCCUGUCCAUUAUGACAAUCCAGGUGUUAGCAGAACGUGAGCUGAAGAUCCAGAGCGAUGUGAAAGAGAUUCGCAAAGUCUUCUGUUGUGAACUCUGCAGCAACCAGUAUAGAACGGUGAUGGAGUCUGAAGGUCAUUUGAGCUCAUAUGAUCACAACCAUAACAAGCGAUUCAAAGAUAUGAAAGAAAUGCUCCGUGAAUGCAGCCGCGACGAUAGGAAGAAGCCAGAGAAGCAGCGUCAAGAGAGGGAGAUGACUAAAAUGACUGAUGCUCGUAAACAACAGCAGAUCCAACAGAACAAGCUAGAAGAAGACCCAGAGAACGUCCAAGCCUCAUUACCGGCUAAGACCACUGUUACACCACUAGCUGUCCAAUAACAACGAAAAACAUUGAAGUGUGGCUUUUCUAUCAAAGAGGGGCAGUAUAUCAAAGGUGCAGUAACACAAGCUAGGACUAGUUAAUCCUGCUACAACAUUACUUGCUCACAUAUCAAUUGAAACUAAAUAUCUGUUACAUUUUUGUAGAGCAAACCAACAAGCAGCAUCAAGAAGCCUAAAGUAAGCAAUUGCAUCGAUUUUUGGCCACGGAUAGCGACAAAGAUUAAAGUUGUUACAUCUUGAUUCAAGAACAUUGUACUAUUUUUUUUUUUGCUAUAUAGAACAUUGUACUUUAUGUGAUUCUGUUUUAUGUUUUAAAAAAAAAUUAAUCUGCAACAAAAUUACUGUCUUUCAAGUCUUUGGCUAUAUAUCAAUCUGACUGUUAAAAACAACCGUUAAAGGUUAAAUUGCCACUCCCACUGUUUGGAAACCACCGCCUACUCAAUGGACUAAAUGUAAUAAAGAUGGUUCAUGGAACCAUAAAGAAGGAAGAGGCGGCAUUGGUUGCUAUAGAAGCGGGAGCUGAAACACUCAGAUGGGUAGUAUCAAUAAUGACUGGUUUUGGAUAUCGAAAUGUUGUUGUUGAGUCUGACUUGCAGCUGCUGGUCCGGAUGAACAGAGGUGAGGAGGAUAUAUGGCCUAUACUAAAACCAAUCAUCCAGGACAUAAACCAUUCUUUGAUAGCAUUCCCAGCUUAUGUGAUAUCAUAUUACCCUAGGUAAAGAAAUAAGGCAGCUGACACGAGAGCAAAUAAGACUUUUCAUUUAUGAAUAAUGUCCCUAAGCCGUUAUGUAUUCUAUUAGUGCCAUCUUGGGUAAAGUCUUUUAUGGAGGCUGAUAAACCUUGUGUAAGAAUGUCUUAGAGGAAAAUGAAAGUUGAUGUAGAGCAAAAGAAGAAGAAAAAGAAAAACAACCGUUAAAAGGUGGGUCACCGCUGUGUCCUGUCCGUAGAAAGAUGUAACGGAUGCAAAAUGGCAGACCAUUUAACACGUGAGUUAAAAGAGCCUUUGUGUUGGUGGUAACUUGGUAGGUGAUAUCUUCCUUCCUUACCAACACGCGCCAGUCACGUGACAUGGUUAUUUUGUUUGUCCACUUGUCGUCGUCAUGGAACCGCACUUUCACAACUUGUCUUUAUCCUCUUUUUAAUAAUGAAUGAAUGAAAA